AAGUGACAGUUUGUGUUUUUAGUGAACUGGAUUUUAUAGUUGAAAUUUGCUAGGUCCUGCAGUGCUCUGAGUGAAACAUUGUUUUGCUAAACAAAUCCAUUAGGACUCCGGAGAGGGCCUUGAAAUAGUUAAAGUGAUGCAGAAGUCUUUUGAUAUUGUAUAAAACAAAGCUUUUUUAUCUCUCUCUCUCUCUCUCUCUCUCUCUCUCUCUCUCUGUUCUGGCCCAUUUAAGGAAGCUCCUAUUGCAGUGUUGCUGCGUGAUUCCCCUGUGUUUGAAAAGGCUUUUUUUAAGUUGUGUGCAAAAAUUAUGAAACUUUUAUAUUUUAACAUUUAUAUGAUAAAAAAAAGUGUCUUUUCCUCUGGCCAUAGACUUUGCUCUUUUGAUUUUGGUGAUACAUUAAUAGAAUAUUUCACCCAAAAGUGAACAUUCUGUGAUCAUUUACUUUCUUUCUUCUGUGGAACAAAAAAAGAAAUAUUUUGAAAUAUGUCUUCAUGGUUUUUUUUUCUUCCAAGUUUGACUGAUCUAUUUAUUCUAUAGAAAAGAACAGUUGUUUGGGAAAUCUUUAGUAAUACAGUUUCAAGAUUUGGUAAAAAGCCAUUUUAGAUUUAGUCUUUGGACUGGCCAAUUUCCUUCAUGUGGCCUGUCAUGCAACACAGAGAUUUCACAUUUCAGUGCUCACACACCAAUAUGAUGACUGAGUGGUCAAGAUUCCAGCAUAGCAGUAAUGAUCUGUUACCUGUUAACUAAGCUUCUGAGCCAGUGUCCAAAAUAGCUAAACAAUGUUCUUAAAAGAUCCUCCAGGCACAGAUGAGUGAAUCUUCCGCAGACAAGUGUCUAAAUCCUGCAGCCACCAUACAAAAUCAGUGCAGUUCUGGCCAGAUGAGACAUUACAGUAUUCUAGGUCUUUGGAAGAAUGUAACAGAGAGUAGGAAUCAAGGGACAAACCCUCUUGCUGGACCAAGUGAUGCAGUUCCUGCUGGUGUUUGUAAUACCAUCUCAAACAGCAACCAGAGUCCCAGCGAUGCCCCUGUGAACGUUGCCUCUUUGAUGCCAAGCCAGGCACCGACCUCUUCAGACAGGCAGGUGUCAGAUGGAGACAAAGCUGGUGCCACACUACUGUUCUCUGGAGUCUUCUUGGGCCUGGUUGGCAUGACAUUCACAGCUAUGGGAUGGACAAAUUACAAUGUCAGCCACAGCUAUGAGUGGACACAGCUUCUGGGGCCCAUUCUGCUGUCAGUAGGAGGUACGUUUGUGCUCAUAAGCAUCUGCAAGUUCCGAAUGCUCUCCUGCCUGGGCUGCAAACAGAUUGAUGGGGAGAGAACACCUGAAAUGGACCCUCUGCCGCCCCUUUCAGGACCAUCGUUUGUCUUCACUAGACUCAAUCAGCCAAUUACCUUCCACAGGGCCACGGUGGUCCAGUACAUUCCACCACCGUACACCUCCGUAGUACCGGACCAAAGUCUGGGCCCUGUUAAUGGUUUGCAUUCCAGUCACCAGCCUUUAGCAGUCACAGUGAGCACGCCGCCACAGUAUUACAGCGUGUACCCCAUGGAAAACCCCAGUUUUGUUUCUGGUGAAUACGACAACACAGCAGAGCAAAGGGAAAACAGGAAUCACAGCGUCUCAGAGGAAGAGGAAGAGGGGAAAGCAAGUACAGCAGAGAGCGGCUCUUCUCCACCUGCAUACGAGGAGCUUUUUGCCACCUCCUCGUGUGACUCUUACUCCUGAUCAAUGAAUUUUAUUAAGAACUUUCCAAAUAAAGUUCAUAGGUUUUCUGCAUUUCCUAUCCAUUUGAGUAAUUGUUACAUAAUUUUGUAUAUAUAAAUUCAUACAAGUUAUCAUAUUUGAAAAAAUAUAGCCUACUUUUUACUGCAGUUUCGAUGUUUAAAAAUUCUUUUACGCACAGAUAAUGUGUGCUGUCUUAUAUUGUUAAGAGCUCUCUCGUGUCCUCUUGGGCUCCUGAGAACUUCAUGGCACGUGAGCGUCCGGUGAGGGCCACAUGGGGGCAGAAAGAGUGAGGAAGUAAGACAAAGUUCCCAUUUCACCAACAAUGGGGAAGGUGGUGUAUUUUCGUUUGUGCAUUCGUUUUAAUAAGUGCAAGUUUGACAAAUAAUUUUAAUCACGUAAUCCCCAUAUAGUCCAGCUGCAAAACAUUGACUCUGAAGGCUAACCUAGUUUAACCUUUUGCGUAAACGAGGCUGUCUGUGAAAGGUUAUAUUGUCUCUAGCCUUUAACUGGAAGUUACACGGGCAUGUUUGUCAUUUUAGGAAAUAUGAAACUAUAUAUUUGUUUAUUUUCUAUUUUUGUGAGUCGAUAAGAUAUCGACUUAAAACAAAAAAGAAGAAAACUUCGAUUUAAAAAAUAAAGCCCAUCAUAUGCUGUUAGCCUAUACUUAAAAUGUAUCCUGCAAAAUAUUUAUUUUAUUCUAAAUCAACACAACUUUUGAGCCAUUAAAUUAAUGUUUGAUCAAUGUGAUACAAAGAAGUCGAAAUGAUUUCUCCUUUUACAGUUCAUUAUGUUCAUUUAUUAUGUUUGCUGUCUUUUGAUCAAGUUCGUUAAACCUUGUUGUAUUCCGCCUGCAUGCUUUGUAUCAAACUUAUAUAAUUUGUAUAUAUUAUCUUAGUUGUCUGCUAAAAAAUGUUUUUUUAAAAAAUCCCUAAACAGUGUAAAUUAAUGCCAAAUUUACAAGCUGUGAUGUAACCUACUAAAAUUCGAAAUAGUGGACAUAUAGGAUAAAUCUAAAUUAUUUAAGUUAUAUUAAAUUGGGUGCAUGGAUUUAUUGUGGUUUAAAAUACUUACUAUGCCCUCAUUUCAUUUUAAUCAUUUUCAUUCAGAAUGGCAAACAUAGGAGGGAAAUAAAAAUACAUAAAACAUAGUCUCUAAAAUCAUAGCAGACUGUGUGUGUGUGUGUGUGUGUGUGUGUGUGUGUGUGUGUGUGUGUGUGUGUGUGUGUAGCCUAUUAAAUUUUCUCAUUUUGUGUAAUCUUUGUGCUGUUGGUAUAGAAGUACACUGAGUACAAUCCUCCCCGUCUGCUCGGACGAAAUAUUAAAUUUUUCUUUUUUAUAGCACGAUGAAAAGCUUGUGUGGAUGAAUUAAAGAGAAAAACAUGCUUAUGAUGUAUCAUUUAGCAUACCUUUUAUAUAUAAAAAUAGAAAUUUGAGUUUC